AUGUUCAACGAAACCGCGGGCAACAAAACGAAAGAAAUGGAACUCGUCUUGAAGAAUAACGGCGUGGACUACUUUGUACAAAACGUUUCCGUCACCUUUUCGUGGAAUAACUUCGAAGGAUCAAACGACACAACUAAGAAAACAAUUCGAAAUGACAAAAUCCACGGAUACCCAGUUCCCGCUGGAAAAGCUUACAACUGCCAAGCUGCGGCGGAAGUUCAGUUAGCGACUGAAGAAAAGCAAAUUCAAGGUUUGAAGAUCCAGCCAGCAAUUUGGGAAGCAUUCUCCGACUUCGGAAAUCGCACUGUCGUCAACAACACCGAUGAAUGCCUUUUUGAUUUCAACGACGUCACACCCGAAAAGGUCAGCUGGAACAUUACCGUGACUGAUGGGAAGAAUACCACAGUGUGCGGCAAACUGGCGAUGAGCACCCUCGUUAAUGUCAAUUAUACUUCGAUUCUAGGCGAGGACAUGGUCGCCAAUUUCGCCAUUUCAAACACAACCGAAAUCACCCACAGCAUGAGCAAGACUUGCAGCAACGACUCGUUGAGCGUCACAUUCUGGAUCAAAGAGCUCGACUUCAACGCGGCAAAUAUCACCAUGGACUUUACCACCAAUACAAAUGGAACAUUUUGGUCGCUUUCGCAUGCGACUCUCAGCUACCCUAACGGCGGAAAUCCCCUCUUCCCAAACACGAACGUCCACGCCGGUGUGACGACGAUAUCUUCAAACGCGACGCUUUUCAACACAACCUACGGAAGUGCAUUUAUGGUUCCAGUGGCUAAGGAGGCCAUCACUUUUGCGGAUUUCAAAAAAUGCAUCAACAAGAGCAACUACAAGUUCUUCUUUCAAUCCUACGACGAAGAUUUCGGCCUCGUAAAGGAGGAGAUUUCUGACGACAAGGCGAUCCUACCGCAAACGCAAGAAGGAAAAAUUGUUUGUUUCCUCACUCCUUGCGAAAAGGAACCGGAAAAGAAAAAGCCAACCCCACCGGAGCGUGUAGAUUCCACUGUGCGUCACCGACCCGAUGAAUUUAUCGCGCCGCCUCCACCGCGAUCCCACGGCUCUGGUUCUAGCGGCUCUCGUCGCGCUAGAAGACCACCUCCAAUGGCGGAUCGUUUUGGCUCACAGAGCACGAUCAUGAGCUCAGAGCUCUCCGAUAGAACAGCCUUCGACAGUGAAUUUGAUGAUGCUUCCAGCAUUGCUUACAGUACAGUCACAGACAUGUCGAGUGUUUCACGUCAGCGUCGCCCCCGCCGCCAAGUCCGUCGGAAGAAACGACCAACCAAGCUUGACGAUACGACGUCAAACUACUCCUCUUCCGUGACGGACUCGACGAUGUCGCUCAAUGUGAUGACAGUAGAACUCGAUCUAGAAAAACAUAAGUUCUUGGGCAUCUCAAUCGUCGGGCAGAAUAACGAGUCUGGCGACGGUGGAAUCUACAUUGGCUCAAUUAUGAAAGGCGGUGCUGUUGCUGCCGAUGGCCGAAUCGAAGCCGGAGACAUGUUACUGCAAGUCAACGAUGUUAACUUUGAGGAAAUGACGAACAACGAAGCGGUCGAUUUCUUGCGCAAAGUGGUCAACGACCCGAGCAAGAAGAUAACGCUGAUGAUUGCCAAGUGCUGGGACCCGUCCCCUACCCCGCAUCACAACUCCCUGCCUCGCAACAAUCUCAACGAGCCGAUAAGACCCAUCGAUCCAGCGGCCUGGGUCGCCAGUCAGCAGGGCUACGGCGGCGAUCACAGAUACGAUAGCAUGUCGCAACUGACGGAAACGAGCUCAGACACGUUCGCUUCGUCGCUUCCAGAGGCUGACCAACUCAACUAUCCCCAUUUCAAUAGGAUCCAAUUAACUAUUCAUUCCGAAAUGUCCACUGUAGUGCGAAUGAUGCGCUUUCCCAACUCUGGCCUGGACAUCAAGGAUCGCCAAUGGCUCAAGAUCACGAUUCCGAUGGCGUUUAUUGGCUCUGAACUUGUUGAUUGGCUACACUCGAAGGUCGAAGGUCUCCAGGAUCGACGGGACGCGCGCAAGUACGCAAGCUCAAUGCUCAAGGCGAACUACAUCAAGCACACGGUCAACAAGACCAGUUUUUCCGAACAGUGCUACUAUGUCUUUGGUGAUCAAAACAACGUACCAAGUUUGCCAAGAGAAAUGGUCAACAUGAGUUUGACUGAUUCCAACUCCGAUAUAUCUACUGAUACUUGUCGAUCAAUGGGCGCACUUCCUCGAGCUAGACCAAGCACACCUAACCAGUAUUACCACCAAGACUAUGACACCAUGUCUAUUGCCUCCAGCUCCGUUAUGUCCUCCGUCUCGCAAAUGUCCGUUCGGGAUAGAAUAGUCGCUCAAGUCGGCGCCGCCCAGCGCCAGAAACAAAUCGAAGACGAUAAUAUUUCCAUGUCCAGCGCAUCUACGAUAUCAAGAGCAGUAGCGAUCGCGAGAAUACCGUCGACUGCAAGUAAUCAGUCCCGACCUCAAGCCCGUCCCAUCCAACUCCAAUCCUCCCCAGCUCCCGGAACUCCAACAACGCAGCGGGUUCUUGUCAGGCCCCGUCCGCCCGGAACUAAUGCCCCUUCUGGCCAGGCCCAUCACCAGGGAGGAGGCCAGGGGACGGGAAGCGAUGGAACUCCAUCUCGGCCAAAUCAGAACAUAAUCCUUGUCAAUGGCCAAGUUUCCAAUCUGAAUGGGAGAACGAUUCUUAUACAGAAUCCUCAACGAUCUGGAAGCAAUGUCCCCGGAAGUAUUCGGGCUUCUCAUUCCGAUAGUCCGAAUCAGCCGAAUUCUGGGCAUGGUCGUCCAAUGAUCAGACCGAUUCGCGUUGUACAAAACUCUCAAUCUCCAAAUGUCGCUUCUGGCGGAAACGGCCGCCCGCUGCUGCCAAUAAACAGGGGAACGCCCGUUCAGGGACAGAGGAUAAUUUCCAGAACACCCGUAAGUGCUGGUGGGACACCGAGCAAUCCACCGAGGACGAUCAGAGUUGUAAGAGUAGGAGGGGAUGGAAAUGGACCCGUCCGGCUUCAGCAAGUCUCUGGUACUCCUGGAGCGACGCCUAGGAGAAUCAUCUCACAGCAUCCUCAAAGUACGAUUACGCCGCAAAGACCACCACAAAAUCCUGCCCGUGUUUCAGUUCAAUGCCAUGAGCCGCAAGGAAGCAGACCUGGCUUUAUUGUCCUCUCUUCGGAUUCGGUUGAUAACCUCCGAAGUACCUUUUCCCAGUUGCAGCGAUGCUUUUCUACGUUAUAUACGGACAUCUUGGAGAUGGACGAUGAUCAACAUGCCUUGAUAAAGAAGUUGAAGGAUAUUUAUCGAAAGUCCGAUACGAACUACCGGAACUACCUCUCAAGAAAUCCCCUCAAGAUGCUGGACAACGUCAAGGCGACGCACAACGGAGUCGACUACAUCCCCUUGGAGCAGUUUCUCCGGUCAUCUGACGAGAACAGCCCUAGAAGCAACGCUGUUCAGCCGAUCGUCAUGCCAAGACAAAACCGAUCACCUUCGAGCAAUCCAAGGCCCAUCGUGACGCGGAUCGUGCAACAAGCGCCUCCAGAUACUGGGCAAAGCGAAGUCGGCAUCAAAUUGCCAAUGCCAGAAACGAAACUCAAAGUAGAACCCGUUAAGAAGACACCAAUUUUUCUAAAGAUGCAAGAAGAUCAGAGGAAUGUUACUGAUGAUCUUAAUAUUAAUGAACCUUUCUCGUCGAUAGAAGACGCGACAUCGCGCCUUCUCCCAUUUCAUUGUUUCUCCUACCCCGAAAUCUCUAAAAGAGACGACCAACUAUCAGAAGAUGUUGUUCUGGAACCUUUAUGCGAAAGAAUACUCCAUAGAAAGAGAAAUCUGGAAGAGCAAUUCAGAGAGCGUUUUCUAAAGGAUACUCAGGAUAUGUCGUUUUGCGAAGAUUUUCUGGUGAACAGGCUGUUUACGGAAAGUGAAGAGGCUGAAAUGAAGGAAGAGAGGGAAAAGGCAAAGUUCAGAAAAGUACAAGCUAAAAUUCCAAUAAGCAGAGCUACCAAUGUAGCGCUAUCAAACGGGCGUCCUGUAAUGCGUAUGAUCACAAUUCCAUCAUCAGGGAGUGGCACGCCGAUCCAACCCGCGAAUCUGAAAAUCGCGAGCAGCCAGAUCCGCGGGCAUCAACAGCGGAUCCACCCGAACAUGAACGUCCAACCCAUCACAAAAUCCGAUCCGAGCGCCCACAUGCAUCAAACAGUCAGUAGCGGUCAGCAACUGCCAGUGACGCCACACGCAGGCCCGACUGUAAACGGUGACUCUGGCUCCGACAUACAAGCAGCCAAUCAGUCUUACGUCAACGAGAACGAACAAGCGAUGGGGUCAAACGUUGUCCCCUUCACGCCAACGCAGUACCAUUUCCAGCAACCGACACAUGCUGAAAAUACAUCGAGGUCGCAUUCGGAUCAGGCAAAGGAUGAUGAGCUUUUUAAAAGAACACUAUACGUUGGAAAUCUCCACAAAAACGCAACCGAAAGCGUUCUAAAAGCCCUGUUUGCCGUCAUCGGUAACGUUGUUGAUGUGAAAAUGAUCAACGACGCUGCCCUGUCCGCCAAUCAUUACUGCUUCAUAACUUAUGAAACGCAUAUCUGCGCUCAGCGCGCUCUUGCCGCCAUGAACGGCCGUGAGGUUUACAAAAUGCCGCUAAAGGUCAAUUGGGCCACCCGACCCGACGGGAUCAAAAAAGAUACUUCAAAGGACCAUCACAUAUUUGUCGGCGAUCUGGCGCAGGAACUGACGACCCUCGAUUUGCAAAAGGAGUUCGAGAAGUUUGGCGAUAUCUCGGAAGCGAGAGUGGUUCGUGAUGCACAGACCAACCGAUCAAAAGGAUACGGCUUCGUGGCGUUUCUGAAGAAAGAAUCGGCGGAGAAGGCGAUCUCAGAAAUGAACAACAAAUCGAUUGGUGGGAGGGAAGUGAGGACGAACUGGGCUACGUCGAGGAAACUCCCGCCUCCUACAGUCAUCGACCCGCAUAAGGUUGCUCAAGCUGCGUCUCCAUCAAAUACAACAGUCUAUGUCGGUGGAAUUACCAAAGAUGUCCACACGCAACAAGUUCUACAAGCCUCUUUUAGUCGCUUCGGCGCUGUAGAAGAAGUGAGAACUUUCGAGACCUUCGGUUUCGUUAAGAUGCAGACGCAUCAAGCUGCUACAAAUGCAAUUUGCGAAAUGAAUGGUGCUUCUAUCAGUGGCUGCACGGUGAAAUGUCGUUGGGGAAAGGAUGAUCACAAAUCUUCAAGCGAUGCUCAAUACACAAAUAAUUACAAAGAAGUUAAUGGCAGUCAAAACUCAUCAAAUACAACUCCGCAGCGGUUUGUCCCGACAACGCAAGUGCCGAGAUUUCGGGUGCAAAAUCCAGCUACUACUUAUACGUCUUACGCUCCGAAUACUCAUGCCGCGCUCGGACAACCUCAUCCUCAUACACAAGCAGUUCAAUAUCAGCAGCAUUUCUCAGGGGCGUAUGCUCAAUCAGCUGGUCCGGCAGCUCCUCAUGGUUAUAGUAUCCCACCGCAUCACAUGACUAUUCACGGCGUACCUCAACAACAACAGAUUGCCUAUCAUCCCCACCCCCACCAGAAUGGAGUUCCCCAAACUGCUGCAUCCCCCGUGAACAUGGCACACUACUAUCAACCGGUUUACGCUCAUCCAUCUCAGUUAUCCCAAGUUAUCCAACAAGGCGGUCAGAGCGAAGCAAACACGCCCAGAAACAGCGGCGCCCCGCCCGAGUAG